GUGAUAUUGUUUGCCUUGACUAGCUCAAUUGUUAUCUUUGUUUUGCCCUCACCCAGCAUUCGAUCCUUUACGUUUGUGUAUAUUAUUAAGUCUAAUGUCGACAUGGAACUGAGAAAGUCUUUGGAAGAACCGUCAACUCCACCGGAGCCAUAUUCAGAAGAGCUUCCCAGUACAAGUGGUGAAUUCCAUGCUAGUGAAGUAGAUUUCUUUGUUCCUGUACUGGAGGCUGAAGACGACGUAGAGGACUUGGUUUCAUCAUUUGGUGGUGAUGUUACUCCUGACACCAUGCCAAGGAUGAAGUGCGUUGUGUGUUCAGCGCUAAAACCAUAUUCAGAGCUCAGGGCAAUGUGGAAAGAUGUGCAAAAGAACAUGAUACUUCUUGCUUGUCUGCUGCUGGAAAAGAGCAUCGCCUUCAGGACUGCUGUUCGUCUCCAUUACAUGCGUUCGUCUCUACAAAAAUUCUAUUGUAAUGUGCAUUUUGUCGACGCGGCCAGGUUCAUAGAGAAACAGCUAAAGAAGAGAACAGCAUGUUUUUUCAAGGAUUCCCAAUCUUUGCUUCCUAUUCCUGCAGAACUUUUGAAUCUGCUUAUGAAGCAAGCUCUUCGUAUUGAUAAAAAUAUAACCUUGCAUCCGCGGGUUAUAAAUAUGUUCUAUAGAGAAUGUGUUGGUAAAUUUCAUGAUGGAAAUGAUUGGAUCAUCAAAGAGUGCGAACCCAAGCAGCCGCUAGCGCAGACAUCAGAUCCUAAAAAACGUACCCGUCGCAGUAGAAAGCGGUUUCUUGAAGGUAAAGAUGAUGAGGUGCCGAUGCCUGCAAAAACUGUAACCACCGAAGAAACUGAGGGCAGUAAAGCUCCGCGUUGUGGUAUAUGUUGGGAAACCCAAGAAGACAAGCUCUGUGAAGAUUUUCUUCGCCCUCCUCAAAGACUGAUUCUGCUAACUUGUUUGGUAUUGUAUAAUACUACGUAUUUUGAAGUGGCGAAAUCGAUGCUGAGAGAAGCGGAGGAAAGAACGCUAGUAUGCAAAAGCCACUUCAUUAUGGCGAUGUUUUACAUGUACCAGUAUGUGAAGAAAAAGUGGAAUCAUACGUCAACGACGUUUUCUGGUUUAGGAGACGAUGACAAACUUGAUUUAUUCAACCAUAUCAAUACUUGUGCGUUGAGGCUACAAGAGAAAGCUGAAAUAUCUAAAUGCGAGGUUUUUAAUCUCAAUAUGGCUAUCUUGGACAAGUUUUACAAUUGCAAUGAGCGCAAGUACAAUUUGGCAGCUAGGCUGAAGGCCUGCAAAGAAGAUAAGAAUGGAGCAAUAAUGGACAUUGUUCGUAGUGCUAUCAGGGAUGCGAGUCAAGUGAAAAAGUCAGGGGUUCUAAAGACGUCUGUUUCACUACGCCGCAAAAGAGAAUUGGCUCGUGAUGACUUAGACCGCAAAACUAAGCUUCGCAGACCCAAUGUUUUCAAGUCGAUUGCUGUUAAACAGCUAUGGUCAAUCAAGCGCAUAUAUCUGAAGGACUUUGUAAAUACACGAGUUGUGUGUGAGCUUUGUGGAUCUGAACGAUUCAAAGUGGAUGCACGAAAAGUCUCGACAAAAACGGGGCGAAUUAAUGUGUUGUUGGCUUGCUUACUGAAGCAAGCCUUGGUAGACGAGAAAACAGCCAAGUCUAUUCUACAAGAUGGUGGUCGGAAUAAGGAGAGAUAUUUAUGCCAUGAGCAUUUUAUCCAUGCGGGCGCCUAUCUAGGAGCAGCGGUAUGCGAGUUGAUAGGAUAUUUUCCUACGCUUGGACUGUGUUGUCUACCUAUAGGAACGCUGCUUGACAUUGUAGAUACAUUGCAAGAGCAGCUCAAUAGCAUUGUUGACGCUGCAACCGAGACUGACAUCAUAGUGACGCAGGAUGUUAUAUUAUUCUUCGGCGAUUUUCUCUCCAAAUAUGUCGAAAAUAGUGAAUGGGAGAUUGCAGAAUUCCCGCCGUUCAAUAUGGAGCAGAUUGAAGCAGCUGAAGAGACUCAGCUUUCGAACGGAGAAGAUAAUUUAUUCUCGAACGAUGUAAACCGAGACGGAGUAGCUGUGAAAGAAGAGAACGAGAAGCAAGCGAGCAUAGCGGUCAAGCAAGAGACAAGCGACGACGUCUACUCUACCGGAGCGAACGUCUCUUCGCAGUCAGGAUUAUUUAUUCAAGAAGCAAAAUUGGAACCGGAUAAUGAUGCUGCGGUUGAAGAUAAUGCAGACAUGGAAUUGGGCGGAGCUGGGUCCCCUCCGCAGUCAGCUACAAAUGUAGAACAGGAGACAUACACGGAAUACAAGGCAGAUUCCUCUUCCCAGUUUGAUCAAAAUGUCAAACUGGAGAAGAUCUCGGAGAUUAACGAAGCGAGCUCAUCGGUGCCGGAUCUAGACCUCGAACAAAAGACAAGCAUUGAUUCAAACGAGACUAAUCCAUCUUUGCUGUCACAUUAUGUACAAAUGACGUACUGGACAACAUGUUCAUUGUGUGCAGCACAUAGACACAAGAGUGAAUUUUUGGGAAUAUCACUAGAAGGGCGUUCUGGGAUCAUCUUACUCAGUUGUAUGGUCAUCAAUGGAACGUGUGAUCUCACUCAAGCAAAGAAACUGAUAAAACACAAGAGAACCUCUCUACGUGAUGUUAAUCAUUAUGAAAUGUGCAAAUGGCAUUUUUCCGUUGCGGGAACGAGUGUUUUUAAUGACUAUAAACAAUUACGGCUAGAGGAUCUAAGCGAAUGGCUUUACGAUGUUCCUGUUGAAGAGUUGAUACGUCGCCAAAAAUUGAUUCAAACUACGGCAGAGCAGAUCCUCACCCGAUGUAUCCGCAUCGGUCAUGCAAACAUCAGGCAAUUUUCUGCACAACUCAAAGAGAUUGUAAGUGGGCAAACGCAUCAGGAGAAGCAAGAGGAAUUCAGUACUAACCAACAGAUUGGAGUUUCUGAGACUGAUGUGCGUGAUGUGAUUGAUAUCUGUGAUGAAACUUCUCCAGUGAAGCCCGAGGAAGACACUGUACAAGGCAGUAUACAACCCAACAACCAUGAGGAGCGAGCAGCUUUUUCUGCCGUAGAUGAAGAAUAUAUUGGCGAAUCUGCCUCACAUCAGGAAGUUUCGGCUGUGGCGCUUAUGGAACAGCCACCUAUUCCAGAUGUAGAUGGGUCUCUGGGAACUUCUGGAGCGACUUCCAAAAACGGUGCAGUUGAGGCAUCUUCGGGGCAAUUAAACGACAUGACUACUGAGUUACAAUCGAUAGCGCUGUUCCACUUCCAGCGAGGAUUCAGUGUACCAACUGCUACUGCCGAGAUUGUAACGACGUUCGGCGAUAGAGUAGUCAAUGAAGCUCGGAUGGAGUGGUGGUACAAGAAGUUUCGGGAAAAGUCUGCUCAAUCUGUGGCUGGAGGAGCAACGCCUAUAUCGCAAAAGGAUAAAAAGCUGAUAAAAGCCUUACUAAGAUCGGACCCGGUUAAACCAGUUUCCGAACUUGCAGAGGAGUUUGGGGCAUCUGUCGAUACAGUUAUCUCCUGCCUUCAAAUGGGUGGAAUUCCGAAAAAUUUCAAGAAAACAAUACUGAGUGAGCGGCAGCAAAGAGAACGUUUGGAAACCUGUUCAGCGUUGAUAAUGCGACAAAGCAGAGAGCAUGAUUUCAUGGAGAGGAUAGUAACAUAUGGAGAAAUAUGGUUAGGCGGCGUUGAUGGCUCUUACCCAGUUGUCUACAAUAAUGAGAAUGCAAUGUUGGGUGUAUGGUGGACCACAUGUGGUGUGGUACACUAUUUCUUAUUACCAGCAGGCUACAAAAUGACAGCUAAUCUCUACAUCAGUCAUCUGAAUGCAAUGCAUAAAAAGCUGCUUGGAUAUCAACGAUAUCGUACGUUGAUAAAUGAAAGAGGUGGACUGCUUAUGUUGCUCGAUAGUCGAUUACCAUACAUGUCCCUGGGUGCCUUUCAAGCGCUCCAUCAAAACGGAUAUGAAGUCCUUCCUUUACCAGAAAUCUGCUAUGAUCUCCUUCCCACUGAAUAUCACUUUGCCAAGCGUAUUCGAGACUAUGUAGCGAAGCAAUCUUGUUACGGAGAUUCUCAAUUAGCCAAGUGUAUUAACAGCUAUUUUCAGUUGGAGACUGUACAUUUCUAUGUAUCUGACGCGCCGCACGGUCCGCAGUGUUUGUGCAGUCCGUGCGGUCAACGAAUCAACUAUAUAAACCGUCUACAUUUUCACGGCUUUCCGCUCUAUUCAAGGCCUACGAAGACGGCCAUGAUCGCGGUGUCAGGCAAUCACCUUAGAGAGCUUCCCAGAUCUUUUUCUCACGUGGUUGUGGGUGUUAAUAACGUCUGGGAAUGUAAGAAACUUUUCAAAUUUCUGAGAUUAGAGGGGUAUAACGAUGUAGCUCUCUUUCACGAUUAUCCGGAGGUGAAAGGGAAGAAAGCAGAUAUUUCUUCAUGGGGACUCUAUCCUGCUCCAGGCACAGCCGCAUUAUUUGACAGCACUAUUGAAAGAAUAUUCUCUAAACGACGUAAAUUCCCAUCAGAUCCAACAAAAAAGCCAGUGUGUACAGAUUUCACAUGUGCAUUAUGUGGUCGUGAGCGUCCUAUGUCGGAAGCAAGAAGGACAGCCAAGGAGCAAGAUCAGAGCAUCAUCUUCCUGGCAAGUCUAUACAUGGCAGAUCGUAUCGAUGUCGAUCAGGCCAUCGAGCUCUAUAGCACAACUCGCUGUGGUUCUCAUUACAUCUGCCAAGAACAUUAUGUCAAAGCGGCAGCUUUUAUUGGUCAAAAAAUAAAAAAGAUGCACGGAAAGUUUCCAGCCCAUGGUUUGCACAAUGUUUCAAUUGAAAUCCUCGAAGCCUUCAUGCAAGAACUACUCGUUUUUGCAGAACACAUUGAUAAAGGAGUUGUCUUGGAAUCCCAUGAGGUCAUAAAAUUCUUCAAUGACUGUUUGGCAAGAUACGAAUACGCUGAUGGUUGGGAUGCUGAGGAAAUGUAUACUCAACCUAAGAGACGAAGAAAUUGCGUACCCAACAAUGUUGAGACUUUUGAAACUAAGGAAGCGCUACCCACUACGAAGAUUUUAUUGGAAAGAGGUCCAUCAUCGCCAUUGUUCGAAACGAAAGACGAAUCAUUGUCGGUAAAGGAGGGCAUUUCUGCUGCUUUACUCUUGCAGCGGGCAGAGUCUAAACCAGGUCCUUCAACAGCCUCCGAGUCUACAUCCACCUUUGCAGAUGAAGAGCUUGCUGAAAGUGAGAAUGAUGUCAAACCAGGGAAAGACAAUUGCGAACUUAUGAGUACGAGGUCACGGGUAGUUCUGCUUAAUAAGGAUAUUAUGGAUGCACUAACCAAUGAGCAAUUUCGCGAGCGUUUCCGAUUGUCACGGCGUACCUUUAAAAUUCUGUGUGAAGCUCUGUGGGCGCGUUCUGCGACGAAGAGCUCCGUAGCCGUCAAAAUUGCUGCAGCUCUGGAUCUGCUUGCUGGUGCAAGUCACGUCUACGGAGCAGUGACUUCAGUUGGAACUGCUCCUAGUGAAACCUUCGAUGAAGUGUUGGAUGCUUUAUUUGGAUGGUCAGGAUCGGCCAUAAACUGGCCGGCAGAUGAUGAAAGGAACAGAAUAGAAACGAAAUUCUUCGAAAUGACUGGCUUGUUUGGAAUAGUCGGUUGUUUGGGUGGAACCACUAUUAUGACGCAGACCAGAAAUGGAUCUAAAGCUUUGAAUGUGGGAGUUGUUGUGGAUAAUGAGGGAAAGUUCCGUUGGGUUGUUUCAAGAUCCGAGAUGGAUGAUGAAUUAGUUUUUAAGCGAAGUUUACUUUGCGAGCAGCUCAAAAACGGAACGAAAAGAGGUUGUCUCAUAGGAAGUGAUGCUUACAAAAGCGAACCAUUCUUGCUCACACCCCGUGGUGAAAGGGAUUGUGAUAAAGAUGAUGCUAUGGCUGUAACAUUACGUAAAGCACAUCAAAUUGUUGACGAAGCCAUUUCCAACUGGAAGCUACAGUUCCCGAUUUUGACAACUGAGAUAAAACAUCCUAAGGUUGCGCGAAUCAUCUUGGGAAGCGCCGCAAUUUACAAUUUGACAAGAGCUGAGGGAGAACCCCCUUUCCAACCGUUGAAACAGCAACCAUCUGACCAGCCUUACCUGUCGUCAUUAGCAGAGCAACUUGAUCUCUUAUCGUCGAAUCGUUGACCGCACGGACUACUCAAACAUUGCGGACCACGCGCGGCGCGGCUAAAAUGUUACGAGAGCACGA